AGUACAAGCUGUUUGAUUGUUUAGAAAUACAAGUUUACAUAUAACUUCUGCUCAGAAGACACAAAAACUCAAGAAGUGUAUGGUUAUUUUUACAUCUAAUAUCAUUCGAUCGACGUUUGCGUGAUAAGCUUGUUUACAAGGGUGAACCUCAUCCGCAAUCUUUUAUUUCGCGGAUUAAUUAUGACAUGUUAUACGACAAUCACUAAGUUAAUAAACUUUGAGAACUUGUCAUACGGGAUCAGUCAAAAGCUAGUGCUUGGUUUUCGUUUUGUUAGAAUGACUCAUGGGGUGACAAAUGGAUCUCGGAAUUAUUUUGACCAAAAAACGUACUUGAGCUUCCAAUUUUGAGGAAAUUUUGGGGAAAUCCCCAAAGUCAAAUGACCUUGACCAAGGUUAAAGGGGAAUUUGGGGGAUUCCCUCACGUCUGGGGAAAUUUUGGGGUUUUUGUGCCAUUUCUACAAAACUUACCAUAGCGGCUCCCCCAAAAUUUGCCAAAUUUUCCCCAAAGUUAAGAGCUCGGGUAGUUUUUACAAACAUUUAAGUUUGUGAAGUGAUAAUAUAACAGAAAUUAUUCGUUUAUCCGAAAAUUAAGAUAACUGACCGAAAGUUUAUUAGGAUCAGACAAUAUGAACACAUUUGGCCAAACAGGUUGUUAGUCCCUGAAAGGUAACAUUUGGGACUACCUUUACAUUGACAUGCUGGCUGCUUCUUUCUUUGCGCUUUGUUAUUAUCGUCAGCCAUCUUCGACAAUAAUACCUCAGAGUAUGUAGAUGGCUAGAUAACUGUUUGUAUGAUUUUUCUAUUAUCAGCCAUAAAUAUAUGUAUGUAUAUGUGUGGUUGAUAGUAAUCUACAACCCAAUAUGGUUGUAGAUUUCGAGAAACCACACAGUCUGUGCGUACUCAUUUUUUGGCAACAAAAAUAAAGACGGUUUAAUAACCACUUGAGCAGGGAUUUCGUCAGGCGCAGAUAUUUAGCUAAAAUUAGUAUUUAACUCGUCUAUGAAGCCACAUACUUAGUUCAUAAAAGCUGAUGACUAAUACUAAAUAAUUUAAAAAUUAAAGAAAACUAUCUUCCAAUUACUUUUAUCUACAUAGUACCAAAAUAUCGAGUUCACAUAUGAAGUCGCCUGGCUUUACUAACUGAGGUUCUAAGUAGAGAACAUAAAUAAACGACCAAAAAUUACUGGACAGUUCCAACUUAACAAGAUCUAUUGUCUUUUUCUACUGGCUGUUAAGAAAUAGCCUAUAUACUUGGUAUUAAUAAUUCGUGAUUUAUUUAGGACAACAUACCAAAGUGAUUAGAAGAUUUUUCUCAUUUUCAAACAUUGGUAAUACAUUUAGUUGUGUUGCUUAGAUUCACCUGUUCGUAUGAAGAAUCAUGAACGUGGUUGUGUAUUUGAAUAUAAAACUCCAGCAACAGUUAUAAAAAUAAAUAACUAAAUUAACUAAUUCAUAGCGUAGAACUAUGGUUCAAAUGGAUGAUUUCAACGGAAUUUUAUUUCCUAAACUGGAUGGUUUGACUGAAAAGCUCUUAUCGUCUUUCUAAACAGCAUUCAGGUAAAUGAUCUAGCAAAACACACAUUCAGUAAUUUAACCAUCUUGCCUAUUCUGAAUGGAUGACUUAGAGGUCGGUUUGUUUUUUCAUUUGCUUGUCUUAUCUAUAAUAAGAUUUUACCCAUGAUCGACAAGUACGCAGAAAACUAGAUUAUCAAUAAAUAGACUCAAAACCAAAUAUGGACAGCAUUUUCAUUUGAAAGCAAAAUAUCUUUGGAUCACACUACACACUAUUUAGUUUAAAGGUUAGCUUGAGCACUAUUAUUUCCAUAUUACUAUUAGGAAUACUUGCAGUUUUCGUCAUGAUAAUUUUGGAAAGCACUUUUUCAGUUAAAACAAAACGAAGUAAACACAAUACCGUUUACUAAAUAAUCACUAACUCCGGAAAUGAAAAAAAAAUCGAACAUUUAUAUACAUACUGAAAGGUGUGAAAGCAGACUAGACAUUAUGCUAAAAAGGUAAAUAUCGGAAAUUUCUUGUUGUGAAAGCAGAAUAAAGAAGAUAUUUCCUUUCACGAGUCUUUUUUUAUGAUUUUAGUAUUUUCGAACUACAUACUACAUCUUGUCUGCUUUGUCGACCCUUUCUUAUAUAUCAAAAGUUUGGUUGCCUUUCAUCUGAUUGAGUCCUUUAGUCACUUGUUAAAUACAACAAACCACCAUCUACCUUGUUGCACAAUGUUGGACAACAUAGAAGUAGGCUAGUGAAAAGCUUCAGUCAGUCAAACAAAAUAUUGGCUACUGUAAUGAGUAACAUCGGUAGCAUUAGACUGCGGAGUUCUUCCUUUCUUGAUAAGCGUAAUUCAUAUAACCCGAUGUUGAAUAAUAUGGCCUAAAUUCCGUAUCAGUAACCCAAUGAAUUCCACUGAAGCAAAUACAUUUAUGUUGUUUAUUAGUAUAUGUAGUAUACAAUGGGUUUACCGACGUAAUUUAGUCAGCAUGUUAAAUCGUUAGAAAACCUUUUUUUGUUCGAAUUAAGUAAUGAUCAGUAACUUUUUUCAUUUUUUAUCACUUAAUUCAUAUUUGUAACAACCUGGUCAGCACGUUUACAGUAAAUAUUAUUCUUACGUCUCCGGAAACGUUUAGAAACCCAUUAAUUCACUGUACAUAUUUGAUAUAUUGAUGUCGUUACAAUUCGUGUGUUUUAUUGCUUUUUAUGUUAUAAUCUGUGCCUUAUUCAUUCGAUAGAUUGCAAAUUUUAGUACAAUAUACAAGUUGAGCAUUCUCCCACUGACUAUAAAUCAAUAGAAGAACAGACGAAAAUGGCACCAAAAAGAAAAAAGAAAACCGGGAAACUAACAAAAAUGACUGAUGAAGAAAGAGCAAUUUUUCUUGAACAACAAAGAGUUGCUGAAGAAGAACUAAAAACAAAAAAGAUGGCACUUUUAACUCAAUAUCUACAAGAUAAACUUAAUCAUGAAGAAAAGUUUACUAAACUUAAUAAAGCAAAACUGACACAUUAUUGGCGAACUAUUAUGAGAGAGACGAAGUCAAAAGAAUUGAAAAGAACUAUAGAAAUAUUAUCACAAACAUUUGAAAGAAUUAUGGACCGAAAAGAAAGUAUCAUCAAAACACUUGUUGCGGAUCUUAGUGAGGCAGAUGAACAGCAUUUGAUGGCUCUGCGUUCUCAUCUACAGAAUGUAGAUAUUUUAAUAGAUUUACAAAAUCAAAGAUUACAUAAAUUAAAAACUGAUUAUGAAAAGGAAUUGCACUCUUUGGUAGAAGAAUUCUUAAAAGAAGAAAACUUUACUAAGCAACAACACGAUAAACAAGUCAAUGACUUAAAAGAUAUAUUUGUUGCACUGGAUUCUACAUAUACUGCCAAAGCACAUGAAGCUGUAAUUGAUCAGACUAGUUUGAAGGAUGAUCUGAAGAAUAAAAGUUUGGAGGAAAAACAUACAUUGAGAAUAAAUUUGGAGAAUAAGGUCAAUAGUUUGUGGUCUGAAUUCAAGCAGGCUUCCACUCAAUACACAACAACUACCAAUGAAAAAAAGACAUCUUUCGAAAACUUGAAAGCAAAAGAUGAACGUUCAGCUGCUGAAAUUCAAUUACACUUAAACAAAAUCCAAAAAAUCAAUGAUAAUAUAUCGGCUACUAGACGUCGCAUGCUAAAAACAUCUAAGGAAUAUGAAGAAAAAAAUCGCAACUUAAAAGAAGAACGUGAUAAGUUAGUUGUUCGAUUUCAAGUCUUGAAGAUACAAAUCAAUAAAUUACGUGAUCUACAACAUGAAAAACUGGUUAAAAUGUCAGUUGAAAGUGGAGAUGCUAUAAAAAAGGUUCAAUGUUUAUUGGAAAAAGCAGAGAAAAUUAUUAAGUUAGGUGAACAGUGCAGAAAGUAUGAGACAGAAGAGGAAAAAGUUACACCAUUCUAUUCAUCAUCUUUAUCAGCGGAAGAAGAAAGUGCUGUGCAAGAAUCGUUCGAAAAAGAACAGAAUGAAGAGAUGAUGAAGAUAUUAAAACGAUGCCUUCCACUUGAAAUGUUUUGGAAAAGAUUUAAUAAAGUUGAAUUAGAUCGUUUAGCAAUAAUAAAAGAAUACAAUAUGUUAGAACAAGAAAACAUUCAAUUAAAAUUAUUAUUGAAACAAUAUUUAGACGGUAUAUCAGUUAAUAGUGAAGUUAUAUCUGGUGAUAAUUCAUUAAUUGUUAUAAAUGGACGAUCAAAUUUAAAACACAUGAGCAUAAUAGAUGAUCCACGAAUUAGAUUGAUAUCUACUGAUGAUGAUAGUGUACAGCCGAAAGAAAUGAUAAACUAUGCUACUACUCCCGCCGCAGUUGACAAUCGAAUAAGACAGACAACUUAG